CCCGCCUCCCGCCCGCCCUGCCCGGCAGCGUGUGCGCCGCCAGCCGCCGCCCGACCGCCGGCCGCGCCUGUCCCCGCUCCGGGGCCGCCGGGACGGUGUGAACAACCACCCGGGCGAGGGUGAAACGGCACCCCAGCGACGAGCGAACGAGCAGCUGGGAGAGGGUGAACCAGCGCCCGGGCGAGGAGUGAACCCGCCACAGGGCGCGCCCCCCGCCCGCCUUCCCUCCUUCCUCCCUCCCUCCCCUCUUCCUUCCCCUCCCUCCCCGUCCCUUCCUCUCUCCGCCUGGUGCCGCCACUGCCGAGGAGGAGGAGGAGGAACAUGGCGAAAGCGGAGCAGGUCCUCAGCCUCGAACCGCAGCACGAGCUCAAAUUCAAAGGUCCUUUCACAGAUGUGGUCACUACAAACCUGAAGCUCGGCAACCCCACGGACAGAAAUGUGUGCUUCAAAGUUAAGACCACAGCACCACGUAGAUACUGUGUAAGGCCCAACAGUGGAAUUAUCGAUGCAGGAACAUCAAUUAAUGUUUCUGUGAUGCUACAGCCUUUUGACUAUGACCCUAAUGAGAAAAGUAAACACAAGUUUAUGGUUCAGUCUAUGUUUGCUCCAGCUGAUACUUCAGAUAUGGAAGCAGUAUGGAAAGAAGCAAAACCAGAAGAACUCAUGGAUUCGAAGCUUAGGUGUGUGUUUGAGCUACCAGCAGAGAAUGAUAAGCCUGCACGUGUCAGGUGUGCACAGACAAUUUUACCUGAUUCUCCUCCUAUGUAUCAGAUUUACCCCUUUCCUGAAAAAGAAGCUUCCAUCUUACAGGAAGAAGAUGGACUGCGGAUGAGGAAGGUACCCCAGACAAACAACCCAAUAUCUCCUUCUGCAGCUGCUGUCAAGGACGAAGGGCUCAGCUCCAGACUACUUGCUUUGGUGGUUUUGUUCUUUGUCUUUGGUGUAAUUAUAGGAAAAAUAGCCUUGUAGAGGCAGCAUGCUGGAAAUUGUAAAUUGGUUUGAUGGUUCUGCCAUAUCAUUGGAUUAAAUUUAUUCAUAACAAUGUUUAAAAAAAAAAAAUUAAUGUAUGACAUCUCACAGGUCUUGCCUUUAAAUUACCCCUGCACAAAUACUAUGUAACAUAAUCUAGAGAGUUCAAAAUGUACGGUGAGGGAAUGAAUGAAAGAGAAUAUGCUUCAAUGACGAAGGGGGGAGAAAAUCCUGAUUUAACACUACAAUGGAAUAUUGUAUAUGUCAUUUUAAACAUUCUUAGACCCUGGUACAUGUUGCUGGAUUACCUCUUUUUAAAAAAAAAAAAGAAAAAAAAAAGGAAAACUAGAAAAACCUCUUCCUCCACUGCUGGAGCUGGCCCUAGGGAUGCUUGGAGCUGGGUUAGGCAGGAGGUGUUGAUAACUUCUGUAAAAUACGUUAAUCCACCAUUCUGCUCAUGAAUUUAACAGUUUCUGUCGGUGUCUUCAACUCUGUGCAAGUUACCAAUUUCUUGGCACUUAAUGAGUAGUGAGAAGCUGCAAAGACUUGGGGUGGCAGCACUGAGGGAGCAGGGCAGCACCCAGGGGCUCGUUCAGAAUAAAGGUCAAAGCCUUGUUCUCACCAAGGGACCAAGCUACAUUGCUGUUGGUUCAUUUAGUUGAAUUAAAAUGUUAUUCAGAGAUGUUUAAUGCAUAUUUGACUUAUUUAAUGUAUUUCAUCUCACGUUUCCUUAUUAUCACCAAAUUGACUAAUUCUUUGUGGUAUGAAAAGGCACCUGUUCAAAGCCAGUGACAAGAACUAAACAUUUGCUGCUGUAGUGGUGCAAGGUUCUUCUGCCUCCUGGUGUUUUGGGCACUACACCAUCGUUGGGAGUUUUGAUCAUCUGAGCAUUGGGGAAACAGUGGUCAGGAAACUGUUUUUGUAUGUAAAUAAGUCUAUUUAGGGGAGAAACAAAAAUAUCAGUAGUAAACUAGUCCUAUGCCGUAAAAAGACCAAUCUUGUUUGACUAUGUAGCAUCUUAAAAAAAAAAAAAAAGAAAAAAAGAAAGAAAAGAAAAAUUAAAUAAAGCCCCCAAAUUAAUGUUUCCUUUGUUACUUUUGUCCUGUUCUCACAGUUUUAGCAGUGGGGAGGAAAAAGUGUUCUCUUGUCAGUUUUGUUUAUGGCAUAAAGAAACUUGCAGUCUGACUUCAGGGUGAAUUUCUUUUUUUCCAGACUAAUUUUAAUAUCAAAGCAAACCAUCCCAUCGUGAGCCUGACACACUAAAGUUGUUCAGAGCCACCAUGCCGAGGUACAAGGUAACAUCCCACUUCCCAGGUUAGUUGGGUUCAGGAGUUCAGACCCUUGACAGCACCUUUAGAAUAAGGAGAUUUUGUUUCUAAGCUUCCUUUUACCACAAGGUGUAAACAAACUCAGUGUGUUUUAACAUGAUGGAUUCAGCAGAUGAAAGAGUUUUCGAGCAGGUAAAUUCACAUCUGUUCUCAAAUGGUAGACCCAAAACCAUUCAGUGGCAAAAUUUGUUGUAGCAUAUUACGAGAUGAAGCUGAGUCUUUUCCAAAUGACUUCUGCCAUUCCUUCCCUACUCCUGGGGUUCUGUGAGAGCUGUGGGGCUGCAGCCUGUCUGCUGCACUCCUUGACCUCUAUGUUUGUCCCACUUGUGUCUCAAGGGCUUCCUCCUCUGCAAGUGCAAAUAAGUGAAAUUUUACAUAAGGCUUAAUAAGAAAAAUAGGUGGGAAAAAAACCUGAAAUUGGUGUGUUCAGCUUCUGAACAUGAGUCUGGAAGUAUUUCUAGGAGAUUCAAUGGAAAGGAGAGGUGUUUUUUUAGCAUUUUCAAGUGCUAGUGCCUUGUCUGCUCAGAGGGAAGGGACAGAGCCACUGCAGCCUGGCUGCAAAGGGCAGGGCAGGUGGGAGAUGAGCUGGAAAGGAAAAAGCAGGGAGUUUAUGGGACAAAUUGGGCAGAAUUGAUAAAGAAGAUACUGCCUGGGCAGUAGAAGCUGAAGAAAACUUUCUAAUGAAGCAUUCUUUUCAGAAAGGCAAGGUGGUGAGUGAUACUGCAAAAUUAAUUUUCAUGGCUUUGAAGAAUAUAUUUGAGAAAACCUUUGCUGAAGGGAGGCUGAGAUAUGAAGUAGAUUUUUUUAAGUGGCUGUAAAUAUCUUGUUCUCUUAUCAGAAUUUCUGAUUCACUUUGAAAAAAAUAAGUUUUUUUGGGAGUCCUUUGUUCAGCUUUAAAACAGCCUGAAAGAAGUUGGUUUAAAAAACAAUCACUGUCUGCAGGAUAAGGGGAGAGGAUUGAAGGUUUAAGCUGGUCUCCUGUGAGGAUAUCUGGAGUAAAGUUCCAGGCAGGUAUUACACCCAGUGUAAGCUGCCACAGCUGCCUUUGCUGGCCCAGGGCAAAGCCAAGCUCUGUCCUCCCCCAGUGCUCAGCAGCCACUUCCUGGUGAUCUCUGCCAGCCUGGAACUGUUCAUGAGCAAAGCUGUUCCUGGUGUUUGCACUCCAGGAUCAUAAAGAGGUCCCAGAAAACCUUCUCAUGCUUUUCCAGACCCUUCAAACCCUGAGCGAGGAGACCAGGAGAGGAUUUCAGCGUUGGUAACAUCCGUAACCUGCAGCUGGGCUGACCCACAGCAUCAGUCCUAAACAAGACUCUUAAAUUUAAAUUAACUGCUUGUAUUUUAGAAUUUAACAAAAUCCUGAGUUUUUCCCUCACCAUUUUUCACAAGAGCCUGAACACAGUAGCCCUGAAUUGUCUGGGUAAUGCUUUGCUUUGCUGAGCUUGAAAUAAAGUCACAGAUCAGGGGAAUUCUCAGCCCCUGUUUGACCAAACCCUUCUUUCAUAGGCAGUAGAGAGAAAUCUUAUGGAUUUUAUUUUCUUCCAAGGUUCCUAAAAGGCCAGUUUGUAGAUAGAGUGCAAAUAUAGGUUGGAUGGAUAUUCCUAAGCCACCUGGCUCUUUUUGUAAGUUGUUCCUUUCAUGGCAACACAAGAGCAAAUGUUCUCAUGAAGUAUUCACAGAAAGUGAAUUAUUCUGAAGGACAUUGUAUAUCUUAGGAAGUUGUGCACAAAAUGUAGAGUUUCUAAAUAAGAUAAUUGUCUGGGGUCCUCACACAACAUCAGAUAUUAGAAACCUGUGAUUGAUUCAUGGUAGUAGAAAUCAAGUUAUUACUAAUCUAAUAAUUGUCCUUGCUGUUACUUUAAGCUGACCACUUGCACAUUUAUUGUUGACUUUUGUAACACCCAGUAGAGCCUGCUUGGUGCACUCUGGGCAAAUUUGGGAUAAACAGAUACCUGAAAUAUCUUGAAGCCUAGUGCUGGGAAACGAAUGGAAAAUGGUUCCUUCUAUUUUUAUGUAGUUCUCCACAUCUUAAAGCAAAUACUCCGUGCAUGGGUGAUCAUAACUGCUGCUGGGCAUUGGCAGUUGUCAGCUGGGAGUGCACAGCUGGAGCAGCUGCAUGUGCAAGCCACGAGCUGCUCAGGUUACUGGGGAGUAGCCUGGGGGCUGAAGAGCAAGAUCAUGUCAUGUUGUUAUGUUGAGGGGGAUUGAUGUACCAUAAUGUCAUUUUCUAAAAAUACAGGAUUGUAAAGCUCAAUGGUGGUGUUACUUUUUCCUCCUGAAAUGCUGUUAGUGGGAUAAAGUUGGAACUUCACUUUGCAAUUCACUAGAAUUUCUUUUCAUCAAUAAACUAUGAAGGGUUUGUAUCUGCUGCACAUGUGAACUUGGAAUUCUUGUCAGCAAUUUUUACAUCGUGGUGUGCACAAGGAAUGGAUCAUUUGUGUCUUGGCAUACUUGAUGUUGCAUUGCCAGUGGAAGAAAACUGUCAUCCCUUUUCUUCAGAAGAUGGCACUUCUGUCUCUUCAGUGGAAUGUCCUUAAUUUUCAGGCACAAGGGUGGCUUCACUGUCGUGCUCUUAAUUUGAAACUCUUAUUUCUCUUGCCCUGUGUGAUGGCCUGAAAUUCCACACCCUGAGUUCUGUUUUCUAUAUAAAGUAAGUGAGGGGAAAAAAGCACCACCAAAAAUCCCUCUGUUUAAAAUUAAAGCCCCUGUAAAAUAACA